CAAUCCCAUUCCAUUUCCACGUUGAACAUUCAAAUUUCGAAAUCCAUUGCCCUCCAAAAUCCCAAGUUUUCCAUUCGAUUCGAUUAGAACACACAACUGAAUUUCGUUGCUCAGUUCUUUCAAUCCUACUUUCUCUAGAAACUGGCUGUGAUUAUAGACUCAAACAUGUCCUCAGACAAACCCGGUGAAGACGCCGGGGUUUCUGGAUUUGAAUCCGAAGAAACCGAGCCCGAUUCUGAGCUUCAGGAGCUGGAGCUUGAAGUUAAGCAAAUGGCUCAGAGGAUUCUUCACUACAGAUCUACUCUGUCGGCUCAACUCAAGUCCUCGUUCUGUUCGUUACUUGAAUCCUCGAGGCCUCUCGCCAUUGGAGCCUCGGAGCCCGGAAUAUCUGCUCGUCCGAAUCAUGAAGAUGAUGAACAAACCACAAGAGGUGAAGGCACAGUCCUUCAUGAAGAGGGUUUAGAAACUGCAAAGAAGAUACAAUUGCUUAAAGAUAAAAUAUCAAGUAAUAUCACUAUGAUCCCUACAGUCUUGAAGAGGAUGAAAGACUGUAUUUCAACAAUUGACAAAUUGGAUUCUUAUAAUGGGGUCAUUCAUCCAGCAUUCAAAAGGAAAAAAACUAGCUGAAUUUAACUGGUAUACCUGUGGUGGUGGUUAUUUUAGUGGCAAUUUACUUUUACAAGGGAGUCUUUUAGUGUAGUACGAUUAUUGAGUUAGAUGUGUAGUGUAUUGAGCUUUACAUUCUACAAUUUGCACUUCUGAAUAUGUAACAUAACAUUUUGUGUAUAAUGUUAUUGAAGACAUGAGUUUUCCA